AAAUCCAAUUCGAGAGAUCGCAUCUAGCAAAUCGGACGAGUAGCUCGACUCUGCGUAAAUUAAGCAUAUUUCAAAGCUCUAUGGUAUUGCCCGACUUCAGUUGCAAACUUCUAGCUUUCUAUCUCUUUCAGUUUCAGGCUGGAAAAAGUAACUCUUACAUUUUCUUAUGAAGUUCUCCAGCGAUGAUAAUUAACUACAGAUUGGGGGGUUGGAUUUCGGACUAGAUGGAUGAUUCGGGUCUGAGAGGCGGGUUUUUAUCAGGUCCGAGACAAGGGCUGUUCGAUAUUGAGUCAUCCAUUCACAGAGAUCAACAACCCCAGUUGGGUCAACCUUCCAUGGUGCCAAACAAUCAUAUGUUCAUGAUGACUGACCUUGAAAACUCGAACCAUACCAUUGGAUUAAUGGAGGCAAAAGGCUUGAACUGGAAAGGCUUUUCGACGAAUGUCGUUAAAGUGAAGGGAGUUGGUCCCAUUAUUUCUAUGACGGAUGGAAGCAUGAGUGAAGAAGACGAGCCAAAUUACAAUGAAGAUGGAAAUGGUGAGAAUUCCAAUGGGGGUAAAUGCAAGGAUGGAUGGCCAUGGAAGAGAAUGAAAUGGACCGAUAAUGUGGUUAGGCUUCUAAUUGCUGUUGUUUCUUGUGUGGGAGAUGAUGGUAUGAUUGAGGGUGCAGAAGGACUUAAACGAAAAUCGGGGUUUCUGCAAAAGAAGGGUAAGUGGAAAACAGUAUCAAAAAUAAUGAUCAGUAAAGGUUCUCAUGUUUCACCUCAACAAUGUGAGGAUAAAUUUAAUGACAUGAACAAGAGAUAUAAGAAAUUGAAUGAUAUUCUUGGGAGAGGAACUAGUUGUAGAGUGGUUGAGAAUCCUUCUCUAAUGGACUCGAUGCCUCACCUCUCGCGUAAGGCCAAGGAAGACGUGAAGAAGAUUUUGAGCUCGAAACAUUUAUUUUACCAAGAAAUGUGUGCUUACCAUAAUGGACAGAGUAUACCCAAUUGCCAGGAUCUUGAUCUCCAGGGAUGCAUACUUCCUAAGAGAUGCUUGAAAGACAAUAACAGGUCUGAGGAGGAAGAAGAUGACAGUGAGGAUAAUGAUGAUGAAAUGGACAAUGAAGAUGAUAAUAAUGCUAUUUGUGGGGAAAGGAUCCAUGAGCUCAAUGAGAGGAAGAAAGCAAGUGCAGAGGAAGGUCAUUUCCAACCGCAAUGUGCUGGCCAUGACAAUUUUGAUUUAGAGAUAGGAGUAUUUCAAGACUCUACAAGGUCAUCAUUUGUGCGAAAGGAUUGGAUCAAGAGACAGAUGCUGCAACUUCACGAGGAACGGGUGAAGUUACAGUCGGAAGCUGUUGAGCUUGAAAAACAACGACUUAAAUGGCUGAGGUACUGUGAUAAGAAAGAUCGAGAACUACAGAGGUUAAGGCUGGAGAACGAGAGGACGGCACUUGAGAAUAAACAGAGUAUAUUGCAACUUAGGCAAAAAGAACUUGAAAUAGGUUAUAGGAGGUCUGAUUCAUCCUUAGAACCCACUUCACACGGCAUUGAUAGACUGCAAGGCGAGGGUCAGAUUGAUAUGUGCAACCAUUAGUAUCUCUUAUCACAUUUAAAUCCAUUUGGCAGUAAGACUUGGCUAAGGCAUACAAGGUAGACUUCCACUUCCUCUUUAGCCAUGUAAAUAUAAAGAAGCAUGCUAUUCUUGUGAGGUAAUCCACUCUGAGAUGAAAUGAUAAAUAAAUGUA